UUGGAGAUAUUAGUUUGGCCUAAACUAACAUCCUCGUCGCUAGCAAGUCGAUACGUGGCGACGUUGCCGCUCCGUGUUCAGAGGGACCAGCUGGCAGUACCUGGUGCUUCCUUUGAGAUGUUUUUCUCUAUGAUAGUGAUCGAUCUCGGUGUAACUGAUCCUGAGCACUACGCCCGGAGCACGCACUCCCCGUACAACCCCAUGGCUGCUCACUACUUGUACUCCUUCCCCUCCUGA